CUCGCCUCACCUCCAACGCACAACUCCGCUCUCCUUUCACCACCAUCUCGGCAAUCUUAAAUCCUUGACUCCAACACAAGACUCAUAAGAAAUAUGAGCAUGAACGAUAGGUCUGCUUCUGUGGCGGCGACUGUAGGGUCUGGGAACGAUAGCGUUAGGGGUUUCGGGGAAGCAGACACCAAAUUCGACACGAGCAUCACCCGCGAACGUACCGCCUCUCCAGGCGGCAUGGGCAUGUCCAUCGACCCCGGCACCGGCAGUGGUCAAAGCUCAGCGCUGAUGACCCCCAUAGCCGACCCUUCUGAGCAAGGUGGCAAUAAUCCGAAUUAUCCCGCCAGUUUUGCGCGACGGUUGCCCGCGGGACAGGUGGGGACUACUUCUGGGGAUCCGAUGUCGCAGAAGAAGGUGAAGGAGAUACAGAAUUGGAGGCAGUCGCAGGUGAUUCCGGAGGACUUGCAGGGGGCGUUGGGAGGUUCGACUCAGGAUGACGAGGAAGAGGACGAACUGGAGGAAGACGAAGAAGAGACAGAAUCGCAGACUCAAGAAGUUCAAUAUCCCUCUGCUAUCCCCUCCGCACGACUCGGGUCCGAAGCCCCACCUUCGCCUUUACGCCUCCUGCAGCGUCGGAAUCAAAUCUAUCCCCAUGCCAGCUCAGUGAGUCCCAACGGAUCCAUGCUCGUGCUCCCAUACGGUCAAUCCCGCUCCAACUCCGUCGAGAGCUUCUCGAGCUUCCCUUCCGCCGUCGACCAGCCAGAGUACGACAGCGAUCAGAGCAUGCUCGACGACCAACGUUCCUGAACGUUGAACGCGCAAAGACCUCUCCACCACUGCGCGACUUUGACUCUUAUCGUUCCCGAAGUUAUGAGUCUACUCUACCACCCACCGCCGUGUGAGGAUGGGUGGACACGAUAACGAUAGGAUACGAAUAGUUCUGUAUAUCCAUAUCCGAGUGAACGUUGAAGCCGGCUGAAGUUUCUUUUUUGUUUGUUUGUUUGUUUGUCUGUUUGUUUUGAUACACGAUGAUGAUGAUGCCGUUCUGUACGUAUAACUUCACUGUUCGGGUUGACCGCUGUAUGCAUAUAUUCUUGAUUUUGUUCUGUUUUGUGCCGAUAAAUAUACG